AAAAGAGAGAGAAAUAAAAGAAACUGCUAGCAAUUUCUUUUUAUUGAUAAGCGGUAGGUGAUAUGUGUGAAAUCAUUUUUGUUGGUUGCUUUUGAUUGAAAUUGUGUCAUGACAAUAAUUUUUGGAUGAUAUUUGAGGAAUUGUUAAUAUGGAGAUUAUUGUAUUCUCUGAAUAAUUUCUUGCAUACUGAAAUGGUUUUUAAAUUAAAUGUAUACCGUACCAACACUUACUUGUGAGUGAACAACAAGAUCAAGAGAGUAAAUUUAUAAGUACAAUUUUCUGCACACAAAAUUUGUUCAGUAGCAAUGACAUAAAUCUAUAGUUUUUCUUUUUUUUUUUUCUUCUUCUUUUUUUCAAAAUCCAAUCUGAAAUUGGAUAGGUGGGUUCCGGAUCCUUGAUUUUAGUCCAAUUUUUUAAUUUUGAAGCUUGAGGACUUGUUGUCUGAUAUAUUAUGGUCCUGUCCUAUGGAGAUACAGAUAUAUUACAGUAGCAUAAUUUUAUUUUCUCUUUCAAAAGUGGAUUUUGAAGGGGUAAGCGUAGAUAUGUCUUGGGAUGUAAGAACCAACCAAAUUCAGACUGUAAGGGUGUUCAUUAUGACUUCUAUUAACAAUCUUUAUAAAAUUUUGACUAACUUGAAUAAAAUUUUGAUGAUUGAUGAGAGAGUUUGGUCUCGUAGCUUUUAAGUUUUUAUAUGAUUUAGAAUACCUAUCACGUGAUUUGAGUGAGAAAAAAUGUAUCAGCUUAUAUUGAAACACUCACAUUGAGCUCUUGCCAGUUGUCAAAUUCUUUGUUUAGAUAUUUGCAGCCUUGAUUUUCUGUUUGUCUUUUGCUGAUAGUUACUAGUACAUUUGUGGAUUUGUUGGUGUACUAGAAAAUCAUGAAAAAUUUCCAUCCAGUUGUGGAACCACAGUGUUGGAAAGAAUUAUGAUGGUGUUAGUGCAAUAUUUUGUUUUUACAUUUAAAGUACAUUGUAGCUUGGCUUAUGGGUGCAUAAAAUUUUCUUCUUUUGUUUAUCUAUUCUACUUAGAGGUAAAAAAACCUUUUUUCAUUGAAAAAAACAAGUUUGUUGCAUUUAUAUGUUUAGUGACUGUUGAUAAAGAAAGAAAUAAUUUUCAGUUUGGAUGCUCUUAUUUUGAUGUGGGCAUAGUAGACAAAGGCAUUCCAGAAUUCCAAGAGUUUGGGGGUGCUCCUUUUCUGUCAUAAAUGAUAUCUUGUCUUUGUUAUUUUCUUUUCAAACUGGGGGAUAUGGUUUGGUUUCUUUCAUUGAAAAUUAGCAGGAAAAGAAUUGCUUAUGCUCGUAGAAUAAGAAUAAGAUCCUUCACGAUCUUAUUUUAAUAUGCUGUAAAUUCCAGUCUGCUUCAAGGAGUUUCUUAUUUCAAACAUAAAGAAGGAAUCCUCAAUCCUCAAAUAUGAGCUGUUUUACUAUGCCUCUAUGGUAUAUUGGUUCAUAUUGCUUCUAACAUAUGACCUAUUGUCGCCUUCUCAGUUUCUUUAUGAAACAAGUGUUAUGUUGUUGGUUGAGUUUUAUCUUUGCACUUAUUAUUCCACUUGAACUAGCUAGCACAGCAUAUUGAGAGAAAGAGGAUCAUAUGGACUUGCAACUUUAAUUGAACACCUGUUAAUUAACAAUGCUGGUAGUUCAAAGGAAGCUAAAACUCAUAUUGCUUUACUGUAAUCUAUGGUGCCUCGUAGAAUGUCUCAUCAAAGGAAAGGAUGCUAAUCUUGGUUGUAUACAUUCACUUGGUGCUAACAUGAUUAAUUAAUUAGUUGUUUCAUUUAUAGGUUAAUUUUUUGAUAUCAUGUUUGAAAUGAUCUUCUUUUAUACCCGUGGGACCUGUUAUCUGUAUCGUCUUCCAUAUAUGCUGCAGGUCUAAUGCAGUCAACAAAGUUUGGUAAAACCAUUGUUCUAUUUAUCCCUCUCAUUUCCUUUGCUUUGCUUUUUAUCUCUCUUUUCUCUGCUCUUCAAAAAUCUGUCACUCUUUUCCCUAUGAUAACUUAAAAGGCCUCCCCUGUCACUUAAAUCUCUCUCUAUCUCUCUCUCUUUCUAGUCCUUUUGCAAGGCAGAUUCUCUUUGUUCAAUUAAACAGAAGUUGUGUUGCAAUGUUGUCAUAUAGAUGACAAUUAUAUAUACUCUGUAAACCUAUCCAUCUAGAUAAUUAGCAUUAGUAAAGAAGCUUGUGUUCUGUGUGUGCAUAUGUAUGCAUGUGUUGUGGGAACAGGGAAAGAGGGGGUGGGUAGAUGGGCAUGCAAAUGACAUCUGUGCAUACAUAUACCUGUAUUUUCUUUGUCUUUCAUUUGUUUAUUUUGUACCAAUAUUUAGAGAAUAUCUUGUAUAAGGAUCUCAAAAUUCAAGAAACAUAAGAAAUUGAGAAUAUCUAAUGGAAUUUUCACAGAUGGAAACAGCACAAUCCAUUGAAGACCAUGAAAUGCAAUGUUGUUUUCCUAAUAUGUGACAGGAGUAAGCUUAUGCUGUUUUUCAUGUGUCAUCAUUUGUUUUUUCUUAUUCAUAUGCAGCAGGAGCAUUUUGUGGCAACAGCCAUUGAAGACGAUCAUGAGGCAGCAUGCUGGGGAUGUGGACUUCGCCUUCUUCUACCUUCUUAUUCACCCGUUUUCAAAUGUGGCUGGUGUGGAGCAAUAACAAGUCAAAAUGAACGAGAAUGUGAGAAUCACGGCUUUUGGUGGAGACGUGUGCGUGACCGUUGCUUCGUAUGUGUCAUUGUCGGCUUCAUGCUUUUUGUGAUAUGUGGCGGUGUCUGGGCAGUGUACCCUGUAAUUUUCUCUGUCAGCAAUUUCUGCGGGAUUCUCCACUCAUGCAUAACAGUUAUCUUGUCCAUAACUACUGUUUCAAUGUUUAGUCUGGCGGCUUUUAGAUGUGCUGGAACACCACCUAUCAUACAGUGGGGUAGCUACCCCGUUGUAGGAAAAGGUUACCUUGAGAAUUACACCUUCUGCCACUAUUGUUCAAAGCCAAAAUCACCUAGAACCCAUCACUGCCGCUCAUGUAGGAUGUGCAUACUGGACAUGGAUCAUCACUGCCCAUUUAUUGGAAAUUGCGUUGGAGCAGCAAAUCAUCAAUACUUUAUUGCCUUCCUAGUGUCAGCUAUCAUCAGCAUGAUAUAUGUUUCAAUCAUGUCAACAUAUGCAGUUAUGCAUGUAUGGCCACCAUUAUCAUUGAGAGCUUUGGGUCAUUUAAGCGGGACGAAUAAUCAAAUCGUUUGGAGAACAUUUAAGGAAGUUAUUUUUGCAUUCCUAAGCUCUGCACUGCUUCUAUCCACAAGAGGGCUUGUUCUUGUUUAUUUGUUUUUUUCUAGUGUUUCUGUGGAGAUAGGGUUAAGUGUACUUCUUUGGCAGCAGCUUUGUUACAUAUAUCUGGGAAAAACUUACUUAAGCCACUUAAGUUCCCAUGGAGACGAGGUUGGAGAAAAAGAUUGCAAGAAUCUGUUUCGUUUCUUUGGUUGUCCAUAUUUUAUUUCAAGAUACUUGCCUGAUGUUUGGAAUUCUCCUAAGAGACACAACAAGUGAAAAAAAUGGUUAAAGAAUAUCACCUUUGCGUUUCCUAUAAAUUCACUCACUUCUCAUUCAGGCCUUUCCAGUUGAAGACUUUCAAUGUUUCUCUCCCAUUUUGUGAAUCUCAGACCCUCAUCCGAUUAUUUAGAGGUCUUCACAAAUUUGGCUGCAAGUUCAGAUAAAAAAAAGACAGAAAAGAUUGAAACGCUUGUGUUCUGUCAGGUCGUUCAUCGGUUUCCUGAUAAUGGUGGUUCAAAAUUUUUGUGCUUCAUUCCCAUGUUGGUGGAGGUGUUUUAUACAAUUUGUACUUUGACAUCUGGGUUAAUUGUACCUUUAUUUGAUUGAUUCUCUUUCCAUUAUUUUAUUUCACAGAAGAGUACAUGAUUUUGAUAGGGAGGAAAUGCUUAGGAUAGAAUAUGUAGGAGCUGUAAAUUGAGAUGCAAGCUGGGAACUGUAUUACUUCUGAUAUUGUAGAAGAGAAAGGAAUAGAAGACAAUUGUUUAAAAUUAUAUUUCAUAAAUUUGUACAAUAGUCUUGAUUUUGUUGUAGUGGUUGUUGAAUAAAUAGAAUACAAUGUAUUAUUUUUGGUGGUGA